CAGUAAAGUUAUCAUAUUCGGUGGGUGCAUAUAUCAUUUAUGUUUUAUAUUUAGUUUAGUAAAAUGGCUUUUAAUUUUAAGUGCAAAGUUCCUAAGGUUCUUAAAUCUGUGAGGUAUUCAUUGGCGGCUGUGAAUGGAGCAUUUUUGCUAACAGGACUUCUAUUAUUCUUCGUCGGCAUCGCCGUGCUGGUGGAGUACAAGAACUGGGAGGUGCUGAUCACCGGGCGGUUCUUCGCUCUGUCUAAAUUCGUAGUGGCGACCGGAGCUAUCAUAUUGUUUGGUUCCGUGCUCGGGUUCUACGCAGCUAUAUCACAACACUUCUAUUUUGUUGCUGGGUCAAUAUUUCAGUAUGUGGUGCUGCUUCUGGUGACGUUGGUCUUCGAGAUCGCGAUAGCCAUAGCCGCCUUCUCGCUGAGCAACGAUGCUGUCAAGGAGAUCAGGCCAUCGAUGGUGGCCAGCCUCAACCUGUACAACGAGAGGCUCGAUAUCACGAAACUGUGGGACGAUAUGCAGAUGGAAUACGAAUGCUGCGGCGUGGUGGGCCGUCCUGACUGGGUCAUGGAUAAGCUACCAGUGAGCUGCUGCCACAUGGACUACGGGACUUUAUCCCCCUUCACCUGUGAGAUCGGCAACGCUUACGUCACAGGCUGCGCUAGCGUACUAGGCGAGUGGCUCGCAUACAACGCCCAUGUUCUAGGUGUCGUCGCCAUUGUCGCCACUUGUGUGCAGGUCAGUUAUAUACUCUUGACGUCAAUGGGAGGAUACUUGGCGUAUCGCGCCAAGUUCUCAGAAGUGGAGCUGGAGUCCUAAAUAACCCACCGAUAUCAUACAUUGUUGUUUAAUUUGUUGUUAAUUGUUAGCAAUCGUACUAUAAGUAAAGUGUUGUGAACAA